GGUACUUCGCUGAAAUAAAAAUCAUUUAACACCAUUUACAUUAUAAAGAUUACCUCCCUUCAAUACAGUUUCAUUAUUAACAAUGUUUUUCAGCGUACAAGUCCUGGCUGUUGUAUUAGUUUUCUUCGCUGAAUCUCGGGCAGACGACAAUAUUAAAAUAACCGUUUACUAUGAACCACUGGGAGAAGAUAGUGUUAAAUUUAUUACAAAUCAGCUAUAUCCAGCUUAUAAACAAAUUGGUGGUCAUUUGAACGUAGAUCUGAUCCCAAAAGUCAACAAGACAGCAUUUGGUGGAAAAUUGAGAAAAUCCCAAUAUUCUUACCCAUAUGAAACCGAAGAAAGUUAUUUGGGUGCCAUACAUGCUUGCGUUCUCAACAUGUAUUCUCCAGAACAACGGACUCAAUUUGUAAGCUGUUCCAUGAACACAAAUGAACCAAGCUCUAAAGAUAAUCUAAAGAAGUGUGCCAAACAAGCUGAUUUAAGUUGGGAAGACAUUACUAAAUGUAGUAAGUCAGCACAACCUGAUAAAAUAUUAAACUCCUAUUACAGACAGGGCGUAAUGGAAAAUAUUAGUAAAUACCCUACAAUUCUGAUAAACGGCGAAUACGACCGGAUGUUAGAACUAAGGGCUCUGUUCAAUUUUAAAGGAGUAAUGUGUCAACUGAUGAAUGAUCUGCCAGAAGGAUGUAGAGUAGAAGAACAAGAUCUAUAAAUAAUUCAUAAAAUACAAAUACAUAAAAAUAAUUUAUAUGAUAACUUUAUUUAAUAAAAUUUUUAAUGUUUUUAUUGAUUUCGAGAUUUU